AGGCGGGUGGGUGGAUGAUGGGUGGAUGGAUGGAUCGGAUGGAGAGCUAUGCAGGUACGUACCUCUGCAGUCGAAAAGCUCGUGAUUUCCGCCUCCGAAGCUCAUACAACGUGAACUCACGCGCAGUCGCCUGCGAAUGCCACACAACCACAACCGCAUCACUUACACGUGCCCACGAACCGAGGGAGUUGCAUUGCACAUCACCAUCAUCACCGCUACCACCACUAUUUUGCCCAGCGACCGCUCACAUAGGAACCUCCCGCCCCUUCCGAUUCCCGCCUCACCAUCUUCCUUCCCCUGCAGCGAAUCACAUGGAUGGAUACAGUCCGCCGUCCCAUGUCUUGUUUUCGGCGUUCAACAAAAACCAAAAGAGCCCAAGGACCCUGCCUAUCAAACCUCUGAGGGACCGGGGGCGGGGGGACUUGCGCCGAAUCUUCUAAACGCCCCAAGCUCCUCACUAGGUAGUUCCUCCCCUUCCCACACACACCUCCCGAAGACGAGACAGCGAAAAGUCAAAGUAGGACGCCCUUCGCUUUUACCGCCUUUUUACCGCGCCUUCCGUCGAACGUCAUUGGGCCGGAUCGGAGCGGACUGCUGGACGGCACUAACGCCGCCCUGCAACUGCAAGCGUGCAUCAAGCUCGCAUCUUGUUUUUUGGUUUUUGUACGGUUUCUCUUCUCGUCUCGAUGACUGCGUUGCGUGCGUGCGUGCGAAUAUCGGUUAGCAGGUCCUUGACAUGUGAGAGAGACACUCUAGAGGCACCAACCCCCGCGCUGUCUCGUCGUUUUCGACGUUUUCACGUUUUCGGAAGCCGGCCGUUGCGGUGAGAGACGGGGGCGCGCGGCCGGUCAGCGUCCGGCCAAAAACCUGGCGUCGGGCGCUACUGGCCGAGCACACCGAACCCGCCCGCCAGCCCUCGCGCACCACCAACCCCCACGAACCACAGACCGACCCGAUCUCCGGCAAGAUGCAACCUAGAUCAUCUGGUUGUCGGCUCUUCAGAGAAG